AUGUGUAUUGAUUUUCUCACUGAGCUGAAGAGGAAAGAUGCUGAGCUGAAGAAGCUCUCACACACAGAGGAUCACAACCAGUUUCUACACAACUACCCCUCACUGUCACCACUCAGCCAAUCAACAUCCAGCAUCCAUAUCCGUCCUCUGAGCUACUUUGAGGACGUGACAGCGGCUGUUUUAGAAGUCAGAGAUAAACUACAGGACGUUCUAAGAAAGAAAUGGACAAACAUCUCACUGACUCAAGUGGAUGUUUCACUGCCACAACCAGAGCCCAAGACCAGAGCUGACUUCUUACAAUAUUCACGUGUAAUCACAUUGGAUCCAAACACAGCACACACACAUCUGUUAUUAUCUGAGAGGAAGAGAAAAGCAACAUACAUGAGUCAACCACAGUCUUAUUCUCGUCACCCAGACAGAUUCACUGAUUGUUUUCAGGUCCUGAGUAGAGAGAGUCUGACUGGUCGUUGUUACUGGGAGGUGGAGAGGAGAGGGGAAGGAGUACAUGUAGCAGUCGCAUACAAGAAUAUCAGCAGAGCAGGGGAGGAUUGUGGAUUUGGAUACAAUGACAAAUGUUGGAUGUUAGAGUAUUACAAUAACAGAUAUAUCUUUUGGUACAACAAAGUCCAAACUCCUGUCUCAGGUCCUGAGUCCUCCAGAGUAGGAGUGUACCUGGAUCACAGUGCAGGUAUUCUGUCCUUCUACAGAGUCUCUAAAACCAUGACUCUCCUCCACAGAGUCCAGACCACAUUCACUCAGCCGCUCUAUGCUGGACUUGGGUUUAACAUCUUGUUUGGAUCUUUAAAUGGACACACUGCUGAGUUGUGUAAACUGAAAUAGACAGAAGUCAUUUAAGGGUUAAACUCUGUGUUUUAACUCUUCAACUUAUUUAGUCUCCAUGUCUGUUGCUGAGAGCUGAUUGUUGUGGCAUUUCUUCAUUGCACAGAGAUCAGCUGUCAGU